AUGGCAGCAGCAGGCCAAUUACUUUUUGAUGAAUCUGGACAACCUUUUAUUUUGUUGCGUGAACAGGAAAGACAAAAACGAUUGACUGGUGUAGAGGCUUUGAAGAGUCACAUUUUGGCAGCUAAACAAGUCGCAAAUACGUUAAAAACAUCUUUAGGUCCUCGCGGAUUGGAUAAAAUGUUGGUUAGUCCAGACGGGGAGGUGACGAUUACGAAUGAUGGGGCAACCAUUAUGAAGAAUAUGGAUGUAGAACAUCACGUAGCUAAAUUAAUGGUGGAACUGUCGCAGUCGCAAGAUGAUGAAAUUGGUGAUGGAACAACGGGAGUCGUUGUAUUGGCCGGCGCUUUAAUGGAACAGGCUGAAUCAUUGUUAGAUAAAGGCAUUCAUCAAACCAAAAUUGCUGAUGGCUUCGAAAUGGCGUGUAAAAAGGCCUUGGAUGUGUUGGAUUCUAUUGCUGAAAAAUUUCCAAUUGACAAUAGAGAGGCAUUAAUUAGAUGUGCUAUGACUUCACUGGGUUCUAAAAUUGUAAACAAAUGUUUAUAUCAACUAGCUUCAAUUGCUGUUGACGCUAUUUUAGCGGUUGCUGAUUUGGAACAACGCGAUGUUAAUUUCGAAUUGAUCAAAAUUGUUGGGAAAGAAGGUGGACAACUUGAAGAUACUGCUUUAAUUAAAGGAGUUGUUAUUGACAAAACUAUGAGUCAUCCUCAAAUGCCUCGUCGUAUGGAAAAUGCAAAAAUUGCUAUUCUUACUUGCCCGUUUGAACCGCCAAAGCCAAAAACUAAGGUUAAAGCAAGUGGAGCAACAUUAGCUCUUUGUCAAUGGGGAUUUGAUGAUGAAGCAAACCAUUUACUUUUACAUCAUAAUUUGCCUGCAGUUCGUUGGGUUGGUGGGCCCGAAAUUGAGUUAAUUGCUAUUGCUACAAAUGGACGUAUUGUUCCUCGUUUUGCUGAACUUACACCCGAAAAAUUGGGUUCUGCUGGACUUGUUCAUGAAUUGACUUUUGGGACAGACAACGAUCAAAUGUUGUGUAUUGAAAAUUGUCCGAAUAGACGAGCUGUGACGGUUUUGAUUCGUGGAGGAAACAAAAUGGUUAUUGAGGAAGCUAAACGUUCACUUCAUGACGCAUUCUGUGUUGUUCGCAAUUUAAUCCGUGACGAUAAAAUUGUUUAUGGUGGAGGUGCUGCAGAGUUGGCUUGUUCUAUUGCUGUUGCACAAGAAGCUGAUAAAGUUGAAGGAAUUGAACAAUAUGCUUAUCAAGCAUUUGCUGAUGCAUUAGAAAGCAUUCCAGCAGCUUUAGCAGAAAAUUCUGGAUUGCCACCAAUUGAGACUUUAACCGAAUUGAAAGCUCGCCAAAUUCAAAAUGUUUCUGUGUCGUCUGACGAGUCUUUAACUGCUAGCAACACAAAAUCUGAUGAAAAUAAUAAAUGUUGUUAUGAAAAGUUGGCAUAUUUUUUGGGUGUUGAUUGUCUUCAAAAAGGAACUAAUGAUAUGAAAUCACAAGGAGUUAUAGAAACUUUGUUGUCUAAAAGAGAACAACUUUCUUUGGCUACACAGGUUUUUUAUCGAAUUUUUUGGAAAUUGAAUAGAAAAUGA